UAUUUCAAGUGUGAAAGAAUAAUAUGGAUUGUAUUCGGUCAUUGUGGAGUUAUGCUUCCCGUUGUUUUACAUGCCAAGAAGAUUCCUCAGCUCAGGGAACGGAGCCUAGUGAACGAACUCAUUUACUCGCCGAUCCUGUAAGCAAUAGUCCAGCUGUUCGCAGAGAGAACGAAAUAUUUACUCAGGAUUAUCCAAAUUCCGUGCCGAAAAAAGAUGAACAAUCAGCUCUAGCCAAAAUUUUGCAGGAAACUUCAGAAAAUAUAAUCGAUGUAGCUGCUAUGGACACUCAAAAGCUGGAAGCUAGUGAAUAUAACGAUCGCAUUAAAUUAUAUACACAACGACUACAGCAACAGUGGAACAAUGUAAAUCAUCCUAAUCAGGUGGACAAUAGUAGUCUGCUCAAGGACAUACCUAAUCCAGAACCAGUGAUUGCUUCAGUGCCUAUUACUAUGGAUGAUCUCUGCAUGAUCAAAAAUAUGGUACAAAAGGCGAAUUUCGCUGUCUCUGAAAUAAAAGUAGCGCAUACGGAGAAUCUUGUGGUUCCUUUUCGGAUUCCAUAAUAUUAUGCUGUAAAACGGAAUUUGUAAAACAUUAUUUGCGACGUACUGUUGCUUAAUAGCGCAUUACAAUCGACAAAUUUAACGUUUAUUAUCAUGUACACUUGUAACAAAGUUAAAGUAACAGAUUUAUUAGAUUAUUUAACUUGCUUCGUUAUACUCAAAUUGUUUUGCAUCAAACCCUCGGUAACAGACAUGAAAAGGGAAAUGAAAAGAAUUGGAUAUGUAACAGCAGAAAAAUAAUUAUCA